AUGCUUCGCAAUCGUAGUCUGACGCCCGCGGAUAGGCGGUACAGGCUCUCGUUUACGAUACCUUUCAUCGGUUCGAUGUUGACCGUUGCCAUCGCCCACGAUAAUGAGCCUCCAAGGCCCGCGGGCAGUGUGGGUUGUCUGUCAGCACAAUCCACAAUGUCACUAUACGAGGACCUUCCAGCGGAGGUGAAGCUGUGUAUUUUCGAGCAAGAGUACAGUUGCUCACGGCUUCCUAUCAAGAUAGUACCUGGGGUGCAAGCCCGAUAUGUCGUCGAAUUCUUUCCAAAUGUGGACGCCUUCAACUCGCUCGAUCGCACGACCGCACUAUUGGCUUUCCACCGCAACAAUUUUGUGCUGCUGACAGUGAAUGGUAAACAUGCCCUUCACCCCCGAACUCAAAUACCGAUCGCGGACGACGACCAAGAGAACAUCGUCUUCUGGAGCACGACUUAUCCGGACGCCAUCCUGGCGUCCAUCCACAUCGUUGUCAAAGAAGAGGCUUCCGACGUACCUCAAGCUAUUGAUGCGCCUUGUCUGGUGUCUAUGGCCAUGCUCAAGACAUACAUCGCCCGUCUCGCUGCCCGACAAGUAUCCGAAACAGCUCCGCAUGUGGCUCGUCACUGUUCUCAAUUCUCUGGUGCUACAAUCAGAUACAAAACCGCGAUCGAUGUCCGUCGUCUCACCCACGGCCGUCGUGAAGUCGCCCAACGCCUACUCAUCGACUGCUUCCGACCGCUCAAGGCACCCGGAAACACCUUCUUCAUGAACUCUGACAUCGCAGGUUUCUCACCUCGUGAACUGGAGUUCGAUCAAGCUUCUCAGAUCCAGAGGCCGCUCUCAGACUGGCUUUCAGAUGUACUUUCUAGUCACGAGGCAUGGGCCUGCCGGGAUGCUAGGAUACUCGAUCUUCGUGGAUCAGCGGCAGGGGACGAGUCGGGUGAGCUGUUGGCACCUUUCGGCUGCAUUGCCGAGGCUUCGUGGCUCCUGCUACGCCACUGCCAUGACGCAGUAUGGCAUUUGUUGGGCACCCCCCUCAAGCAACGAUUGCUCCGAGAUGCUGCAAUGGUCACGCACAAUGCGAUGGCCUUGGUCAUAGGUGCAAGGCAGGUCCGCUCUGAUUGGGAGUCGGCAGGAUGGCCGUCGACUUUGAAGGGCGCGUGUGGGACGGCAUCGUGUGUUUGUGCCUUGGAACGAUUCCUUGGCCCUGCUUUCCCCAGCAUACCGAGCGAGCAGUGGCACCCGUUCACGCAGGAUUUUCGUGCGGCCGUGCAGCCUACGGUCUGGCGUUCGCUGUCCCACAUGGCGAUAUUGCUGCACCAUCUACCAGAAAGAUUUGAGCCGUUGAACGAUGUCUCGUCCUUGCGGCAAUGCAUCCAGGCCCUUGAAUCGAUUCGAGCGGCAGGCCUCGAGACUGGACUCCCCUGCGACGAUUGGCUCCAAGCUGAUCUUGAAGCCAUCAAGGCGAUCGAGGCGGAAGUUAAGCUUUGGGUCCGUGACAACGGUGCCGACGCUCUGGCUCAAUUCGUCCCAACUGCGAGCGGCGAUGACGAUGACCCCGACUCGGCGGGCUCGGCGAUAUGGUAUCGUAUAAAAUCUUUCUCGUCGUUACGCAUCGCUGAGUUGGAAAAUGAUAAGUUGUUCUUAAAAGAGCUGUCAGCCGAGGGAGUUGAUGUUCUAUGGGAGUCCGACUUCCUAACAAGUGAUCGAUGUUGUCCUUCAGUAGAUGAGUAA